CAAAAGUGACGUUGUCAUUUGCUGUCACGCGUUCUUUUGUGCAAAUUGCGAUACAAAUAGUUAAACAAGCAAAAUAUUUCGUUUUAGUGCGUUUAAAACAUACCACCCAUGAAUUUGUUUAUUUCUUUUAUAUCUUAAGUUAAAAAAGGAAAGCCUCAGGAUGAUGAGCGACGAUGAUCGCGACAUUGACAUCGAAAGUGAUGCCGAAAACGAUUCCGACUCUAGACCACACGCUAGAAACAAUUUGGGUGGCAGUGGCUACUACUCCCAGGUGGCGGAAAAACGAGCUCACCAUAACGCUUUGGAGAGGAAACGAAGGGAUCACAUAAAAGAUAGUUUCACAUCAUUAAGGGAUGCGGUGCCAGCUCUGCAAGGGGAAAAAGUUGCAAGUCGUGCACAAAUCUUGAAAAAGGCAGCGGAAUACAUACAGUUCAUGAGGCGAAAAAAUAAUGCACACCAACAAGACAUUGAUGAUCUGAAAAGACAAAAUACCAUCCUUGAGACACAGAUACGCGCAAUGGAAAAAGCACGAGCCACAGGAAAUUACAUGGACGCUCACGAACUGGGCCUCGGGAUCAAAUCAGAAGGCAGUUCACACGACACGGACAGUUCAGACGGUGAGGGCACCACACGCAGGGUGAAGAAACUCAAGAUUAACAGUGCUAAUGUGUAAACGACGGACUCAUAGGAACAUUUCCUUUGGAUUGAAUACGUAAAAUUUGUAGAUGGUUUUCACUUGACAUGAUGUCAGCUGCUAUAUGUAGGUAAGAACGUUACUUUAUGUAUAUUUAACUAUUACAGUUACUGCCAAACUUGCAUGCGGUGGCGAUCGGGUAUAUUGUAUGAAAUCAGGGCCUGUAGUCAAGUGGCUUCGAAAAUUAAAAAAUAUAUUGGAAUGACAGUUGCUAAAGACAGGUCACGUGAUCUAGUUUUCGAUCGGAUCUGCCAUUCCCAUACAUUUUUUUAGUUUUCGAAGCAUUAGCGUUUGUAGAAAGAGAAUCGGUGUGUCAGUUGGCUACAGAACCUGGACAUGUCGAAGUGAACAUGUUGCUGCAAUUUCGUUGUAGUAUGAGAUCUGGCAUAAGAAAUAUAUACCCUCAUCUGUUAUUUAAUUGGGAUAAGAAAUAAAUGAUAGAAAAGGUUGCUUAGUUAAAGUGCGGCCAGAUAGUAUUAAAUGAUAUAUUUUUUAAAUUCAUAUAAACUCCUCUCCCGUUAAAGUAAAAGUUGCUUGCUUUCACACUGCAUCUUUGGUGUUGCCAGAUAUAAACAGUUGUGUAACAUUUAAGUGUUAUUUCAGUUAUUUAGCCUAAUAUAACAAAUGAAAGCUUAUUUUAGGCUUUAUUAGGUUUGUGGUUUCCUAGAUUUUGUAUGAAAAAUGUGUUUGGCCACAACUUAACUAAGCAACCUAGUUGCAAUGUGUCACUGUAAACAUUAUCUAUAAUUUAUAGCUUAUCACUAAUAACAGAUGAGGGUAUAUAUUCUCUUUUUUUAUCUAUUUAGUGAUAUUGGAUAGUAUAAAUUCUCUGGUUUCCAUUUCUUAAAUUUAGUAAAGAUAAAAUUACCAUUUGGCAGCUGACAACAUUUUUGGUGUGAACAAUGUCUUAGUGACUUUUUAAUUGUGAUAACAAGUACUAAGUUACUAUAAUAUUAUAUAUAUUUUGUUUAUUUCAUGCAGGAACAUGGAAGACGAACUUACUUUCUGUACGAUCGGUUAUGAUCGAUUGGGUAUUUGAGACUUAGGAAAUGUAAACACUUUUGUGACUAAAGGCUAGCGCACAUAUAGGUGAUCGGCCCCAUAUUCUAUAAUUUUAUUAUUCAAAUCGUCAAUUUAUUUUGGGAAGUCUUUUUGGCUUUGAAUGUGUGGUAAAGUGAUAGACCAAACUUAUUUGUGUGUAUAAAUUACUCGUCGAGGUUUGUGUUGUUAAAGAAAGUGACUUCAUUUAGAGUUUUAUCGUGAUUCAUGUUAAUUUAUUAUUCAGUGUGGAAACCGCUUUUUCAUCCGCUGUCGCAAAUACAAAGUUGGAGGAAGAUAGUGUCAGUUCGGUUUGUUUACAAGAUGACGUUCAGGAAUCAUCGGAGAGUGUAACGGAACCUUCACUACCCACCCCUCUACCCCUCUCUCAGCGCAUGCUGAAAAAUUCAUGACUAAGAGCCCCGUAUGGGUUCGAAACUAGUCGGGCAUGACCGAAGUAGUAUCACGUGAGUUUUAACCGUGUUUCAUUAUACAUUAAUCAAUAAAGUUACUUCAGUUUUACACACUAAUGAAGUGUCUAUAUUGCAAAACGCGUCAAACGUUGUACAUUUUACCACUGUACAUCCAAAGCCGAACAGACUUUAAAAAUUAGAUAAACUAACCUGCCUUCAGUUACCAACUGUCAAACUAUGCAAUAUGGGAGUACAAUCUCAAGCAAAAGUAUUUUGGUAUACUCUAUAAUAGAAAAAAAAUAAUUUCAUAUAUUUAAUAGUUCUUAGUUGAAUGAAAUGGGCGAAAUUAAGUACAAUUUAAAAAAUAUAUAAACAUGAGAACAAUAUACUUGGAACCAAAUUAAGCGUAGCUUGUGUUAUGUGUAGGUACUUAGUAAGUACGAUAACUGAUGAAAAGAUAUAUCAUGUACAUACAUAAAUAAACCACCCAGACAUUGAAAAUAUCAAUGUUGGAAAUGAAAUAUUUUCCUGUUUAUUAUGGGAAUAUACAUAAUAUUUUCUUAUAUUCACUGCGUUAUUCUGUUAUCACUAAAUGCCAUACAUAUUUUUUUUCAUAGGUAUGCAACCUAAAUGUGCGCUAGCCUUAAAUUUUUGACCCAUGGAAUAAGUUACAAGGCAAUUAAUUAUAUUUACCAUUUUUAAAAAUAAAAUAUAGAUUACUUAUUUUGUACACAAUAUAUUUUGAGAUCUUUUUAAUGGCCAAGGAGCCUGGUCAAUGGGUUUCAUUGAGAAAUUGCCUUUUAAUUUUGUUCUAGUUAUAAAUUAUUGUUAAUAUUGAUAUUAAGGAUGAAUAUUCUUAUAAUGUAACCCAAGUUUUUUACUGAUGUCUGGUGUUUUAGCCAUUUCAUAUAAUAUGUAUACAUUUUUUUGACAAUAUUUAGGUGUUAUUUGUUUAAAAAUAACCUUCAUUGUUUACUAUGCGACUAAAUGAAAUAAGGACAAUUAGCCACCUUUGUUCAAUGUGCCAGUGAGAUAUCUUUGGUUUAUAUAUUCAACCGGCCAAAUUUAAAACGCAUUUUUAAAAUUUUUGGUCUAUUGUAUUCUGCUGAAGUUGACCGACAAUUUGUGACAAUCAAUUAGAGAGUAAGACCUAACUUUUUCUGACAUUUCACAACAACGAUUCUGACUUUAUUUUGUUAUGAGUUAAAAGUAGUUUUGGGUUAGCUAUAAGAAUAUUCAAUGUUAGCUCGUUUAAGAAAUUUUAGUCUUCUUGGAUGUAAUGUAACAUUCCUGUAGUUCAGAAAUGUUUGACCUGAACAAGUCUUGAAUUUGAUUUUUUGACGACUUUAGACGUAGCUUUUUUAUGCAAUGUUUUGAUAAAAACCUAAAAGUUGGUCUAUGUGAAUAUCUCGUGAAGAGGCAAAGAAAUACCAUCCUUGAGACACAGUAAGUAUUUUCAUGUCUACAAAUGAUUUUAUACAGUUUUUCUUGGAACUUUUAAAAGGGAACAAUAGGGAUGAUGACAGUUUUUAAAUUGUGUAAACAAACCAAUAGCGACAGAUUUAUCGCAGUCCCAACGCAAUGAAAGAGAUUAGUCGACAUUUGUAUUCCCUCGUGUGGAGAUAUGUCUUGCUAUUCUAUCUCGUAUCUUAGGCCUACUCAACUAGGUAUCGGGAAUAAUCAGUGAAACCUCAGGGCCACCUUGGGCUGUGAGUAGGUAGUAUCAAAAAGUAAAGUUGGUUGGAAUCAACUGGACAACUUUAAUUUUUUGACAUCCACUUACAGCACAAUUUUUACUCUUUUUCUUUUUCUUUCAAAUUUUCAAAUUUCCAUAGUUAGUCCAAUUUUGUUGACUUUUGUGUAGAAAUUAUCAACGAAACCAGCAAAAUUUUUGAAAGCGGUAAAACCUCUGGCGUAAAUUAACCAAUUACAUUGCAUACUAAAUCGUAUACUAUUGUCGUCAUACAAGAAAUGUAAAUAAAGAAAGAAAAUCUCGUUUAUUUUGAAAAUAUGUUGUACGAAGGAGAAAAAAUUGUUUAGUUUUUUAUGUACUUAUGUAUAUUAUAGUAUUUGUACAAACUUCAUACAUGUUUAGUAGUAGUAGUAAUUACAGAUGGGAUUGCUGUGUUGAAUUUUUUUUCAUUAUUUUUUUUCAGUUCUUGAAGACUAAAUAUUAGGUUAAGAACUUAAGAAUUAAUAUAAAAUACUCUUGUUA